UUACAGCGUAGAGUCAGCAAUGGGAGUUGGGAAGGCGCUUGGUGCUUGCUUGCUGGCUAGCGAGGCUUAAAGAGACAACAGCAAGACAGAGCGAGGGAGAAGGAGAUGAAAUCACGAGAAUAACUGUAAAUACCGGCAAAAUGGGAAUUCGCGCACUUUAGAAGAACACCCCGGACAGCCAUCCAUUAAAAACAGAGAGGUCCUGGAGUCCUGGAAUUACCCAGAGGUCAUCGCUGCUCGUCGCUGUACGCCACCACCGCCGCCGCUGCUGCUACUACUGCUGCUACCGCCAUCCGUCGACUCCGCCCUGCUGACGGGACUCGAGGAAUGUCUGCCGCGCUACCACAGGCUGGCCAGGAGGAGGCGAUGUGGCGCACGGGCGGGAGCAGCCAGGCGGCGCUGUGGGCCCACUAGCCGAGACCCGCGUGCGUGGCACGUGGCGCGUGGCGUGUGCGUGUUUCCGUGUGUGUGUGCGUGCGUGAGCGAGCGUGUGCGUGUGCGUGCGUGACCGCGCGCUACCUGCUCUGUCUGAGGCAAAGGCAUGCUACUCUGACAGAGGGAUCCGCUGAAGAAGAGAGGAGCGAGAAGAGAGGAGAAGAUCACCCCAUCGAGGAGCGCCCGCGGGAAGAAAGACAGACGGAAGGAAGAAGAGAAGGAAAGGAUAACCUUCACCUCCACUGCUGCCGCCUUUCGGUUUUUUAAACUUUUUUGUUUUUUUAAUGCACUGUUGCGUGCGCGCCUAUAGGGGGAGCCCCCUCCUCUGUGUGUAGCGCUCCCUCCCUCCCUCUGCGGCGCCCUCUGCUGGUAGUUUCGGUGGCUGUGAUUUGCAUGGCAGCGGAGUAACCGUGGAGAGGCCGGGCUACCACAAGCUUAUGGAUUUUGAGAAGAGAGGGAAGGGAGAGGCCGAGGAGGGAAAGAGGAUGUCCAAGGCGGCCGGGAGCCGGACUGGACACGGGGGCCGGGGCACGGGGACCAACUCCGGGGUGCUCAUGGUCGGCCCGAACUUCCGCGUGGGGAAGAAGAUCGGCUGCGGGAACUUCGGCGAGCUGCGGCUCGGCAAGAACCUCUACACCAACGAAUAUGUGGCCAUCAAACUGGAACCCAUUAAGUCCCGAGCUCCCCAGCUACAUUUGGAAUAUCGGUUUUACAAACAGUUGGGAAAUUCAGAGGGCGUCCCUCAGGUGUACUACUUCGGUCCGUGCGGGAAGUACAACGCCAUGGUCCUGGAGCUGCUGGGGCCCAGCCUGGAGGACCUGUUCGACCUCUGCGACCGCACCUUCUCCCUCAAGACCGUCCUCAUGAUAGCCAUACAGCUGAUAACGCGGAUGGAGUUCGUUCACACCAAAAGCCUGAUAUACCGGGACGUGAAGCCGGAGAACUUCUUGGUGGGCCGACCGGGGAGCAAGCGGCAGCACACCAUCCACAUCAUCGACUUCGGGCUGGCCAAAGAGUACAUCGACCCGGAGACCAAAAAGCACAUUCCCUACCGGGAACACAAGAGCCUGACGGGCACCGCGCGCUACAUGAGCAUCAACACGCACCUGGGGAAAGAACAAAGCAGAAGAGACGACCUGGAAGCUCUGGGUCACAUGUUCAUGUACUUCCUGCGAGGAAGCCUUCCGUGGCAGGGCCUGAAGGCAGACACGCUGAAGGAGCGGUAUCAGAAAAUAGGCGACACUAAGCGAGCCACGCCCAUCGAGGUGCUGUGUGAAAGCUUCCCAGAGGAAAUGGCCACCUACCUGCGCUACGUGAGGAGACUGGACUUCUUCGAGAAGCCCGACUACGACUACUUGAGGAAGCUCUUCACCGACCUCUUCGACAGGAACGGCUACGUGUUCGACUACGAGUACGACUGGGUGGGCAAGCCGCUGCCAACCCCGAUUGGCCCCAUCCCCAGUGACACGCCCCUUCAGCCCAGCAGCAGAGACAAAGCACAACAGCAGACCAAAAACCAGUCUCCUGAACCCAAAGGAAGCGAAUCUCAGCCCACUCCAGUGACCAAUAGGGAGCUUCUGGGGUCACAUCUCACAGCCGAUAGGCUGGGGGGGUCUGUGCAGGUAAUGAGCUCGACGAACGGGGAGCUGAACACGGACGACCCCACUGCCGGACACUCCAACGCCCCCAUCACCGCCCCGGCCGAGGUGGAGGUGGCCGACGACACGAACUGCUGUUGUUUCUUCAAGAGGAGGAAGAGGAAAGCACUUCAGCGGCACAAGUGAGGAAGAGGAAGAGGCCACGUCAAGGAAGAGAACUCGAAACUUUGUGGUCACCGUCGAGUUUUAAACGGAAGCUCACGGACCACCCACCCCCCUCUUUCUGACUUUGCAUUGGGGUUGCCCCCCGCCCCCCCCCUCUGGUGACACGCAGGAAGGAACGUUGUUGUCCCUCCCUGAUUGGUCAAGUGGGUCAAGCAACAGACUGUGGUUCCUUUUUUUUUUUUUCUUUUUUUUUUUUUUUUAAAAACAAAGAAAAAUAAAGAAACUCAAGUACAUACCGAAAAUGGGGGAUGCAGUAAAAAAUAAAAAAUAAAAAAAAGGAAAAGAUAACCGUAACUAUGACGCCCGGAAUACCGUGGCGUGAACAUUUAAAAAAACAAAAAAAAACAAAAACAAAAAAAAAAAAAGAUACUGUUUGAAACAGUUGUUGUAUCCUAGAUUCCAUACAGAACAUUAAAACUGUACGCCAGCCGUUUGAUCUGGACAGAAACGCAUGGAGAGGUCGAGUGAAAGAAGCGUGUUCCUUAGAUAUAGUGCUUAUUUGUGGGAUCAAGGUGAAUGAGAGGGGCGAGAGUGAAGUGUAGUAACGAUAACCCAAGAAUCAGUGAGAAAAACAGCAGGACACAUUUCAGCUAAACCACGUCUGGAGGAUUUUUAUCUCAGUUCAUUGCCCACCCCCCCCCACCCCCACCCCCCACCAGGUUUUGUAAAAUCCCUUACGUUGUUUUCAAGGUUGGCUCUCCCUCCGCUGAAACAAGAUUUUACUCUCAUGUUGUAGUGUUCAGGAUUUUUUGUUUUGUUUUUCCUAAAAAAAAAAAAAAAAAAAAUUUCUUGUUUGUUUUUUUCUUUUUUUUUUCCCUCCCUGUUACUAUGGACUUUGUAGCACAGUCAAUGGCCUCAGGUACUGUGGAAGAUUGAGAGAAACACUCAUUAAUUUCUCUUUAAAUUGCACUUUGGGAAAAACAGAAAACGGUGGAAUUCUGGACUUGAAAUACACAAACAAACAGAACUUAAUAAAGACUGAUCUAGGAAGAUUACUAUAUGAGGCUGAUCUCUGUGCAAGGCCGAAAUGUCCAUUUAAAUGAAAAAAAAAAAACUGUCUUUCAAUUUUAUUUCUCACAUCAGAGUAAUUUACCAGGAAAUCAUAGUUUGUGCCUUUCCAAGUAAAAUGUUUGAAGCUCCAGUAAAUGUCCCGCAAUGAACUUUUA